AUGGACGGACUGCGCGGCGACACCAGCGGCGGAGGUGGCGGCGGCGGCGCCCCCGGGCAGUGCCGUAAUUUUCUCUCCUCGCCCGUUUUCGGGGCGGCGCACACGGGCCGCGCGGCCGCCGCCGCCGCCGCCGCCGCCGCCGCCUCGGGGUUCGCUUACGGCGGCGGAGGGGAGCGGCCGGGGGCGGCGGCGCGGGCAGACCCCCCGGCCAAGGACUGCCCGGGCUCCGGCGCGCCGCCCGCCGCCCCCGCGCUCGGCUAUGGGUAUCACUUUGGCAAUGGAUACUAUAGCUGCAGGAUGUCCCACGUUGGGAUCCAGCAGAACGCCCUGAAGUCUCCCCCCCAUGCCUCCAUUGGCGGCUUUCCCGUGGAAAAGUACAUGGACGUCUCCAGUCUGACCAGCACGAGUGUCCCCGCCAAUGAAGUCUCCUCCAGGGCGAAGGAAGUGUCCUUCUACCAGGGCUAUACAACCCCCUACCAGCACGUUCCUGGGUACAUAGACAUGGUCUCAACGUUUGGCUCUGGGGAACCGAGACACGAAACAUACAUAUCAAUGGAGGGCUAUCAGUCCUGGACUCUGGCUAAUGGCUGGAAUAGUCAGGUUUACUGUGCCAAAGAUCAGACACAGAGCUCACACUUUUGGAAAUCGUCCUUUCCAGGGGACGUUGCACUAAACCAGCCAGAUAUGUGUGUCUACCGGCGUGGGAGAAAGAAGCGAGUGCCGUACACAAAACUCCAGCUUAAAGAACUCGAGAAUGAAUAUGCCAUUAACAAGUUCAUUAACAAGGACAAGAGGCGAAGGAUAUCCGCAGCCACAAACCUGUCUGAGAGACAAGUUACCAUUUGGUUUCAGAACAGGAGGGUGAAGGAUAAGAAAAUAGUCUCCAAACUGAAAGACAACGUUUCUUGAUCUAUUAGUUGCGGACAGUGAUGGAUAUAUAAACUCAAUUUACGACCAGCUAAAGGCUUUUGGAAAGACUUGAAAACAUAUUUAAUUUUUUUUCUCCUUCCAGCGGUGGCGAAGUUUUGUGACUUGUUUUCCAUUUCCAUGAACGUCAGCGUUUUUCUCUCGGUCGAAGGGAGCGCUGACAAACCUUGACUUUAUAGUUCUGUUUCUUCCUUUUUUUAAAAAAAUAAUAUUAAUAAUAAUAUUAAUAUUAAUUAUAUUUUCUGUUCUUCCCUCUAGGCCAGUAUAAACGAAUUUAAAUAUGUUGAACGGUUACAGUUAUAACUUUCUUAAAUGUUUAACUCUUGGGGGGGGGAUGUCUGUAAUUUUUGUCUCUGAACAACAGCCAGUGCCAAAAAGUGUCAGUUUUGAUUUGCUACCGUAAACUUCAAAACGUGCCGAGGGACAAAAAUAUCCGUCGGAGAAGGCAAGAAAGCCGCAGCGGGACCCGUGCAGCGCCGCGCUGCUUCCAGCCCCCGCGGAGCCCGCCGGCAGCCGGAGAGAGCUGUGCACCGCGCGGAGCGGUAACGUGCGCGGUCGGGUUUCGAGGGGCUUUUUCGGGGGAGAACCCGCUGUGAGCUCCUCGGGGGCACCGGGCAGAGACCCGGCUCCCUCGCGAGGCGUGUAGGUUUUUGGGGCUGCGCUUUCUUUUUUCAGCCGGAGGCUUCCGCGCUCCGCGGCCCGCGCAGGCGGCGGCUCUCGGCGGGGCUCCGCGGGGCUCCGCGGCCGCGGAGCGGAGCGCCUCCGGGGGUCCCGGCACGGCCCGGGAGAGGCUGGCCCCGAGAGGUGUGCGUAAAUCUGCGCAGCUUGCCCGAAAAGCGCCCGGCCCGCUCUCUCCUGUGUGCCCGGACAAGCACGGGGCUCUUCUGCUUCCUCCCACCACGGCGUUUAAAAAACCCUCCUGGUCGGAGAAGUGAAGCUCAACUGCUAACUUUUAAUUUGCAAAACUAAACGGGUGUUAAUGACAGAAGCAAUAAAUGAUUAGUUUCAAAAGAUGCCAUAAUUUAUAUGGGCCGAAAGGCUAGGACUUUGCUGAGUUUGUGUUAUUUUAAACCUAGUGUGCAUGUUAUGAUAUACACAGGGUGGGCAGACACGCUAGCCAACUACUAGGAGAGAGAAGCGGUACCUCUCUGUUAAUGUGCCUCGUUUAAUUAUUAAAACGUGUGUGUUCCGAACUAGUAUUAUUUAUUAUAAUAUCCUAUUGCUCUAAACACUUUGAUUACCAGUGUAUGUGGGUAAGACAUACAGUAAGACUGUUUCUCCAUAAACCAUUUUUAUUUCCCUUCUUGUCUUAAAGUCUGCUUUUACUUUGUCUUGGAAAUAUGGGCUGAACUUCCCAGCUGUUAAUGAUGUUGCCAAACUGUUCCUGAACCGCCUUUAAUAAAACGAUUUCUUUUCGAUAUAUAUAAAAAGAGGACGAAAUUCGCCUUCUUUUCGCAGCAGGGCGUUUUGCGAUCUCCAGGCUUGCGUGGGAUCUUCUCAGGGCCCUUCGGAGAGGAGAGGAGGAAAGGAUGAGGGUCUCAUUGAAGGAGGGAAAGGCGUUCCGAGUGGGCCUUUUCGCCGGGAAAAGAAAUUUCGAGGAAGAAAUGCUGCUGGCGAGAAGUACGCGGGGCAGGAGCCGGGGGGCAGCUGCCCCCUGCCUUUCGCCUCUCCCCCCUCGGCCCGGUUCUGCCUGCCCUGUGCGGGGCUCGCCGCUGCCCGGGGCCUUUCUGUGCCCCCUGGGGCCGAAUCCGGCCCUCGUCGUCCUCCCGGCGGAGCUCCGCGGCCGCUGCUCUCCGGCCGCUCGGCGGCCGGCUGCAUCCACCGGGGAGCUAUCUUCCGCCGCCUCCGCCCUCUUCCUUCCCCUUUCUCUUCCGCUCGCACAUUCUCCACUUUUGAGGGGUUUCUUUUCCCCGACCGGACCCGGAGGAUUUCCCACUCGGUUCCCUUGCAAGCGGCGCUUUCUGCGCUGAUUCCGGGAAGCCGGGACCGGGGCCGCGUCGCGCCGGUGCCUGCGAGAGCCCGAUCUGGUGGUGCAGCCUUGUUUUCUCCGCAGGAGAAAGAUUCCCUAAAUUCUUCUUUUCCUCUCUCCCGGCACCUCCCCCAGCACACAUACUUCGGCCCCAUUAAUCCCGAGGAGUUUUCACCCGCCGAUUUUCCCGGCCGGGCCCCGCCGGAGCCUCCCUUCCCUCCCUGGCCGCUGCCCGGCCUCCCAGCAGGCGCAGCCGUGCCACGGCCGAGACCCCCUUC